AUGAAGGUAAAACGAUACAAACGAGCGAAGCGUAUUAUCUCCAUUUAUCGGCAUAACUUUAGCUUAGAAUCACCUUACAAAGUUCUGCUGGAUGGUACUUUUGCUAUGGCUGCACUACAAAAUAAAAUUAAUUUGCGAGAACAAAUGCCGAAAUAUUUAAAUGCUGAAGUUGAUAUGCGAGUAACCAGUUGUGUGCUUAAAGAAUUGGAAAAACUUGGAUCUACAUUGUACGGUGCAUUGCAUAUUUGCAAACAGUUUGACAUUGAAUUAUGUCCCCAUCGACCUGUUCGGACGGCAGUAGAAUGCAUCAAGCAUAUGGCACGUCGAAUGAAACGUGGAAUAACGUGCUUCUUUGCAACACAGGAUAAUGAGCUUAUGGAAGCCUUGAAGCAGAUUCCUGGUAUACCAGUUUUAUUCAUCAAAUAUAAUGCAAUUUUGAUCGAUAGACCCAGUCAGGCUACCAUUCAAGAAAUCGAAAGGCCGAAAGACCAAUUACUUGAAAUAAAUGAAUUAAAAAAGACGGUAUUUGGUGAAGGUGAAAAGCCGAAACGGAGACGGAAAGGUCCAAAGGGACCGAAUCCCCUUUCGGUCAAGAAGAAAAAGACUCACUUUAUCAGUAUUCACCAGGAAUUGGGGCCAAAUGCGAAAACUGCUUCCUCCAAGAGACGUCGCCGGAAAAGAAGGGAAAGAAGAGAGAGACAGUAG